AUGACUGGUCCAUCUAAUGUUCGUCAAGAGGCUGAUCCAUCGUAUGCCGAUCAAGAGCCCGGUCGAUUGAAUCUAGACCAAUUAAUUUCAAUUGAAGACAUUCGACCAUUUCCCAAAGCUCCACUGCGCAAACAAUCGAAUCGAGGCCGGAAGAGACCCGCCGAAGACAGAAAAAAAUCAGCAGCUGAAAGAAGAGAAGAAAGGAAGGCAGAAAAACGUCAGAAGCACAAACAAUCCGAAGAAAAUGCACCAAAGCGCAAGCGUGGUCGUCCUAAAGCUACGCAAGCACCGAAGACACCGAAGAAGUCAUUCGCAAAUCAAGGUUCUGAAGCUACAUUCAUUUCGGAAAAUGUAGUUCAAUUACUUCACGCCAAAACACAACAUGUCUUGAUAAGAGUUAAUGGAGUCGAUAAUGUUUUUAUCGGAUGGUUAAUAUCAGGACCUACAAAGUCACUAUAUCCUAUAUCGGCCCCUCGAACUGUAGCUCAUCAAAAAAUAGAGAUUUCAGAUCUUCAACAAGAUCUUCAACGAUUUUGGGAAGUUGAGGAAUGUUUUGAGAAAGUAAGUUUAACACCUGAGGAGAAAAAUGGUGAGAAAUAUUUUAGUCAAACCCAUUCUCGAACUUCUGAAGGCCGUUAUAUUGUGCGACAAGUGUUUAAAGAUAAAGAUAAUCAAACUUUAGGAUCAUCCUUACCGAAAUCUCUUUCCAUGUUAAUACGAUCAGACAGACGUUUAGAAACAUUGCCUUCACUUCAAUCAGAUUAUUAUAAUUUUUUAGCUGAAUAUAAAAGAUUAGGUCACAUAGUUGAGAUAAGACCCGAUUUAAAUGCUCCUUAUUUAGCAAAUCGUGUGAUAAAACAAUUAGCGGCGGAUGAAGGAGACGAUUUUCCAGAAGCUAAACUUGUAUUGGAAAACAAUUUUAACGUUGAUGACGGUUUAUUUGGUGGAAAUAAUUUAAAGAAAACUCUAGACCUGAAAAACGACUUAUGCAAACUUUUAGCGCGCGGAGGUUUUACAUUAUACAAGUUCUCCUCAAAUACGCCAAAAUUGUUAGAUGAUCAAACGGAUAUAGAACAAAGUAAAAAUCUUGAUAUAACAGAAACGGAAAAUAAUAGUUCAGUACUUGGCUUGAUUUGGAAUUCGAAAGAUGACGAAUUUAGGUUUACUGUCAAAAUACAAUCAUAUACCGUAAUAACUAAACGAUUAGUUUUAUCCAUAAUCUCGAAGCUCUUUGACCCUUUAGGUUUAGUAGCUCCCAUUAUAAUUGUCGCUAAAAUGUUAAUGCAAGACUUGUGGUUACAGAAGCUCGAUUGGGAUUCAGAGCUGCCCCAGAAAUUUAGAGAGAAAUGGGAUUCAUAUUUUCACAAACUAAAAUCUAUAGACGCGAUUCAAAUACCACGAUGGACGGGUCACAAAGAGGGAAGUAAAAUUGAAGUUCACGGUUUCGCAGAUGCAUCAUCACGUGCUUAUGCCGGAGUAGUUUAUAUUCGUAUUUUAAAUCCAAAUGAAUCCCCUCGACUGACUAUUCUACAAGCGAAAACUAAAGUUGCACCUAUAAAAAUCAUUACUAUCCCAAGACUGGAAUUGUGUGGAAUUGUUUUGCUUAAAAAGUUACUUAAAAGGGUUGUAGAUGAUCUCAGACUAGAUCUGGUUCAGCUAUAUGGGUGGACAGAUUCAACAAUCGCGCUUUCGUGGUUAGCUAAACAUCCUUCAAGAUGGAAGACUUUUGUAGCUAACCGAGUUCAAACAGUUCACACGUUACUUCCUUCGGAUAACGAACUUUGGUGGCAGGGACCAAGUUGGUUAAGAGAACCGGAAAUCUUUUGGCCUUCAAGUCCUGUUAAAGAACAUGUAAUGAGCAAUGAAUUACGAAAACCAAAAGUUUACUUGAACGUAACAGAAAGUAGGCUAGAUUUAGCGAAGGAAUUAAUCGAAAAAUAUAGUACUUGGCCAAAACUUAUAAAAAUCGUUACCCUUUGCUUUAGAUUUAUUAAAAAAUUAAUUGCGCGAAUUAAAGGAGAUUCUUCUUACUUAAAUAGUAGUUCAUGCGACGUGAAAGAAAUGCGUGAAAGUAAACAAUUUUUAAUUCGUACCAUUCAAAAUCAGUAUUACUGUCGGGAAAUUCAAGAUCUCAAAGGAGGACGUCAAGUUAAAAGUUCAAGUACAAUAAAAUCUCUUAAUCCGUUUUUGGAUCAAGAUGGCGUACUUAGAGUGUCUGGUCGCUUAAAUAACGCACCGAUAGAAUAUGAUGCUCAACAUCCUAUUAUCCUACCAAAACAUAGACUAAGUGAACUGUUAGCUAGACAAGCACAUUUAAGAUGUUUACACCACGGCCCUCAGCUAACUCUUUAUGUAUUGCGACAGAACUUUUUAAUAAUUGGUGGUAGGAACUUGAUUCGAAAAUUAAUUCACGGUUGUGUAACUUGUGUACGGCAAAAGGCGAAAACAUCUACUCAAUUAAUGUCGGAUUUACCAACUCCUAGAGUAACAAUCUCUAAUCCUUUCACACAUUGUGGACUAGACUAUGCUGGUCCUAUAUCAGUAAAAUUAGGAAAGGGUCGAGGUUAUCAAUCGCAAAAAGGAUACAUAGCUUUAUUUGUUUGUUUAGAUACGCGUGCAAUCCAUUUAGAGUUAGUUAGUGAUAACACAACACAAAGUUUUCUAGGUGCAUUAAAUAGAUUCGUUUCCAGACGUGGUUUACCCAAUGAUUUGUAUAGCGACAAUGGAAAAAACUUUAAAGGUCCAGAUAAAGAAUUACAGCGAUCUUUUAAAAAGAUUUGUAGAGAUCCAACUCUGGAAGGUUACCUUUCAAAAAAUGAGAUUGUUUGGCACUUUAUACCUCCGUAUGCUCCACUUCGGAGGGCUUUAGGAAGCAGGGGUUAA